CCACUGGAUUUAUUUACGUUUGAUGACGUUUGACACGUCACUUUUAGGUUAUUCAGCAAUUUGUUAUAUUGAAUGGGAGUGUAAAGUUUAUAUAAAAUAUUAAGGAAAAACGUUCCAGUUUAGCUGUAAACAUGUUCAAAAAACUGAAAGAGAAGAUUACUGAAGAAGUGAAGAGCAGUCCUCAGAGGUUUCAACAAUUGACUCAAAGUGUUAGUGACAAAUUACAAGGAACCAGUGCCCCUGAGGAAAAUAUGUUUUCGAUUGGAGAAGAUGCAGAUGAAAAUGCUUCAGCUAUGCGUACAGAUCAAGGGUUCUCUAGUGUUAAUCUUGUUUCACCCUCUUCUGAAGGCAGAAGCAGAAGACUCUCCAACUCUUCUAUGGCCAGUGAUGUAUCUUUUCUUCCUAGAUAUGAGCCGAGUAGUUCAUACCAUUUGCAGUCAGACUUAGAUGCUUCGGCAAGUGAGCUGGAGGACAAUGUUUCCCAGGCAUCAUCACAGUUGGGUCAUGUUUCAAAGGAACAGGUUUAUGCGGCAUACCAGAAAUCCCAAAUGCGAUAUCAUAAAUACCGGGGCCGAUAUACGGAUUUAGCGCGACAUUACAAGGAGCUUGAAAGGGAAAAUGCCAAAAUGAAGUCGGUGCUUGGGGAAACGCAAGAUAAGGCAAUUCGUAGAGUGACCGAGUUAAAAGAACAGUGCACGUUGGAACAGAAAGCGAAAGCACAUCUCGAAAGUGCGUUACGCGACGAAUUAGAUGAAAGACAAAUGAAAAUCCAGUCGUUACAAACAAAAAUUGAACUGCUGCAACAGGAACAGAACUACACUGACGGUCUAGUUGAGGUUGAUCAAAAAGAGACCGCAAUAGGUAUUGAUUCUGAUAAACUGGAACAACUUACCAAAUAUUUAAACGAUGCCAGAAGCGAGAUAGAGGCCCUAAACAGUAAAAUACAAGAGCAUAAAGCGAGCGCGAUCAUUUUCCAAACCAAGGAACAAGAAUAUCGGAACAAAAUCUCCUCUUUGGAGCAGGAUAUUUUGAAUUUUUCUGAACGGGAAAAAGAAAACAAUAUAAAACUGGCGGAAAACAAAAUGGAACUCCACAACGAACUAAUCAGUAAGGACUCGGAAAUCAGCAGACUGAAGAAUGAAAUCGAGUCACUAAAAACGGCCAUCAACGCUCCAGAUAAAGAGUAUAAAUCAGCGAAAGUUGAAAACUUACAAAGUCAAAACAUUAAACUCACGGAUAAAUUGGAAGGCUUCACUCAAAAGUGCAACGAAUUGGAAACUAAAUUACGAGAACUGGAAAAGUACCAAAGCGAAAACAAAGAGCUGACGGAGAAAAACGCAGAACUAAAUCAAAGAAUCUCAGCCGCGGAAAAUAAAGCUGAAGCCCGACUGAAAAAUGUUUUAGAUGAGAACAUGCAGCUGCAAACUGUGAUUGAUGCUCUCAAACUUGGCUUGAACACUUGCCAGGAUAAUUUGAAAAGGAUAACUGAGGAAAAGCAAAAUCUAAUAGAUCUGGUACAAAAUGAAAAGCUAAAUUAUGAAAACCAAAUCCAGCAUCUACGAGAUAGUGCCAAAAAGGGUCUCUUUAGUCUGGAAACGCGAAUUUCGGACAGAGUUAAGCAGCAGUUCGAAGAAAAAGAAGCGAUGCUGAAAUCGCAAUUUGAUCAAAAACUUAAGGAAAUAUCAGCUAGCAAUCAAACGGCAGCUGAAAUUCAUUUGCAGCUUCUGGAGAAAGACGCUGUCAUCACAGAUAUUUCCAAAGAGAUAGCUUUUCAUAAAGAUAAAUUGACCGAAAAAAGCAAUCAAUAUAAAGAGCUGGAAUCUAAUCAUCUGGAGCUGAUUGAAGAGAGCAGUCACUUAAGGGCUAUGCUCAGUAACCUAGAACGACAAAUAUCCGAAACUGCUAACGAGAACAACAUGAAUUAUGAGGAGAAUAUUGGACGCUUGCAAAACACCAUCAAAUCCCAACAAGAGCAAUUGGAGCACUUAGAAACAAUGUGCACAGAAAAAGAAGACCUGAUAGUGAAGCUCACCAAAGACAACGUGAAACUUGAAGCUUCCAAUUCAGAACUGUACACAAAAUUCAAAUUAUUAAUAGAAAAGGAAGAAGCUUCCGGUAUGGAGGUAACAGAAAACAACUUAAUGGAAUUGAAGGUCCAAGCUCUAGAAGAAGAGAAGAGGGUGCUUUUGGACAGUUUUGAAAUGGAGCGAAAGCUCUAUAACAAAGUGUUCGAGGAACACAACGACAUCAAAGUUAAGGAAAUCGAGAUCUCCGAAUUGGAGGAACGGAAUAAUAAAUUAGAUGAAAACAUUGUACGUUUGAAAGGUUUUCUCAACGACAAGGAACAUACUAUUGUGGAGUUGAAUAAGAUUAAACUGGGCCUAGAGCAAGAACUAACAAAAGCCCAGGAACUAACUCGUAUUAAAGAAGAACGCAAUGAAGUAGUUGAACUCGACAAAACCGAGUGCAAUCUCUUGCAAAUAAAAGUGCAACAACUUCAAAACGAAAAGGAAAACCUGUUAAAGUCGAUGAACGCCAAUUAUUUCCAAACGAGCAACGAAAAUAUGUCGCCAAACUAUAAAGAAGACAUUAUGGACGAAAAUGUAGAGCUGGCCAAAGAGAAUCUUCAGCUGAAGCAAGUCAAGGAUGAAUUAAUGGGGAAAGUUCGCAUUAUUGAGGAGCGAGACCAAGUAGUUGAAAUGGAAUCAUCAGAAUGCAACCUACUCAAGCUAAAACUUCAAGAACUUGAAAAGGAAAAAAAAGAACUUGAAAAGAGUUUCGAAAUGGAACGACAGUUGUUUAAUAAAGUUUUAGUCGAACAUAAAGAGCUGAAGGUUAAAGAAGAACUAAUCACAGAUCUGGAAGGCAGUAACGUACAUUUGUCCGAAAAAAUCGCCAAAUUAAAACACUACUUAAAGGAAAAAGAAGAAACUAUAGUCAAGCUGCAGAAGGCCAAUUUGGAAUUGGAACAAGAAAUUACCAAACUCAAGGAGUCACGUCAAAUUAGAGAUGAGCAAAUAGACUCGGUGCAAAUCGAGAAAACCGAGUGUGACUUGUUGGAGAUGAAAUUAAAGUCACUGCAAGAGGAGAAUCAAAAUAUGUUGAAUUCAUUUGAAAUGGAAAGGACCACCUACGAAUCGGCUUUAACCAAAGGCACGCACCUAGAGAAUCAAAUCGAUGACCUGAAUAAGCAAAUACUCCAAUUGAAGCAAGAUAAAGAAUCUUUGGAGGAUAGUUACAGAAUAGAGAAAGACGAUUUAAUGCAGUCUUUUGAACUAGAGAGGAAAAAUUUCGAACUCAUUGACACUGAACUGCGACGAAUGAGCCAAGAAAAUCAUACACUGAAGGACGACAAAGAAAACCUCAACUCCAAGCUAAAAGAGGAAACUUUGUUACUAGAAAAACAAAUAAAUGUCCUCAAGGAGGAGACUGAAAAAUUGCAGAGCGAUAAUGAAAAUCUCAAAAAGGAAAUUGAUGUUCGUCAAAAGAAACUAGAAAACCUUAGCAAAACAGUGACUCAAUUAAAUAAAGAUCUAGAACACAAGGAAGAUAAAUACAAAACGAUGCUGGAAACACUGAACACAGAAAAGUCAGAAAAGAAGGCGGCAAUUACGAAGUUAAAAGCCAUUCAGGCGGAACUAGACAAAAGUAAUGCGGAAAUCGGCGAGAUUAAAAAAUCUCUAGAAACUGUAGAUAAGCUGUACAAUGCAGCUAAAAGCAAACAAUCCGAUGACGGUCAUUUGCUAGAGGAGACCAGACGAAAACUGACCGAAACUAGGAAUGACAAAAUAAAGCUUGAUAAGGAGCUAAAAAAGAAGACAGAUGAAUUCCACUUUAAAGCGAAAGAGAUGAACGUGAUUGAGCAGCAAUUUAAUCUUGCAACUCGGGAUAAUAAGCAACUGAGGGAUAAAAUCGAUGAAAUCACAGCGGAAUGCAAUAAUCUCCGGCCCCUACUGCCUAAACUCAAAGAACUGGAGCAAGUGAAGAAGCAAAAUGAGACGUUACAAAAGGAAUGUGAUAAACAGCGCCAAGAUAUCUCGGAACUGAAAGUUAGGAUCAGUCAGUUAUCGUCUGAUAAUCGAAACGUGAACGAAGACCAUGAUAAAUUGGCUGCUGAAAUUGAAGAGUACAAGUUAAAAUGCGAAUCCCUUCAAAAUGAAAAAGGAACGGUUGAAGGAAAAUAUACCGAACUGGAGCGAGAACGCGAUAGUUUACGGGUUGCAGUUACAGACUUAACCGAUAAAUUGGAGCAAAAUCGACGGCAAAUUGAAAACCAUUCCAGUUCUGCUCCUGCGACAAACAAUCCGGAUUUAAUGGAAAUUCAAAAAGACUUUUUUGACCUUAAACAGAAAUUCGAUCAGUUGCAUUCGGAGAAUAACAGUAUGAAAGCUGAGUAUUCGAAACUGGAGGAGCAAUGUAGAGAUUUCACGAAAAGUAAGAAAGAUCUAGAAACGCAAAUAUCUGAGCUAGAACGACACUACACCGAGGUGUUGCAUGAAAAGCAGCUUUUGCAGGAUGAAAUUUUAGAAUUGAAAAUUGCCCCAAUUAAUAGGAGCAGCAGUAAAUUAGAUAAACUAGCCAUAGUCCAACAGGAAAAAUCGGUCUUGUCGGCAGGGAACCGAUCGGGUAUCCCAGAUGACCAAUUGCUAAAGGAAAACGAAACGUUAAAAGAUAAGUUAAUCCAGUACAAGUCCUUGGAUAUUACGAACAAAAGCUCGAUCGAAUUCUAUGAAAAUGAGCUAGAAAAAGUGAAAAAUCAAAAUGAAAAACUCAAUAGGAAAUUAGACGAGACUCUAGUGACUCUGAACCAUUGCGCCGAUUUAUCUAGUUCUACGGAAAUAGAAUAUUUGAAGAACGUUUUGUACAAUUACAUGCUGGGAAAGGAGAGCAUGGUUUUAGCAAGAGUAAUAGCUGCCGUUUGUAAGUUCGAUCCCAAUCAGACUGAAGCUGUUUUGCAAAAGGAGCAGCAAAAACAGACCAUAUUCGGUCAACUAGGAAUUCUAUAGCAUACGGAUGGUGUUGCUACUGUAGAGCAGAGGUAAUAAUCGCAAUGUAAUUUCAACGAUUCUAACGUGAAAGUUCCAACAUACUUGAGAUUGAUUCCAUGAAGGUGUCGGCAGUUUUCAGCGGCACAAAACUGAUGAAAAGCUUUACUUAAUAAACGUAAAAUCAAUCUAAAGGUAGUGAGAGGGAAAUUAAGUAGUAAGUUAUGACUAAUAACUGCAUAUUAAAGUUAUCUCACCAAAAUUGGACUUUCGAUUGUAUGAGAACAUGCUUGUAUAGUUGAUUGGGCCAAAUUUAGAAUAAUAGAGAAUUCACGUUUUAUCAUAAUACUCUUGUGACUAAAGUAUUUGCAAUUAAAGUAUUUUUUUAUGAGACUCAGUUAUGCACUUGGUUGGAGUUUUAAACAACUAAAUAUUCUGAGCCAUCAAAUAAGGAAAAAUAGACACAAUUGCAUUUUAAGUAGGUAUUUGCAAUGUCCCCGUUUUCGUAACACAAAAUAUGGUAUUUAAACUUCUUCUACCUAGAUAAAGCUUCUCAUAGUCUAACUUAUAGAUUUUAUAUGCAAUAUUGUAGACUAAAUAUUCGACGCAUGGUGUAUUAGCUCCAAAGCCCUUAAAGGCAAGAAUCUUAUAUUAUAUUAAUAACUGUCUUGUUUUAUCUUCCACAUAAAUUUAACGAACAACAGGUGUUUGAGUGUUAAUUGGUUUAUUCACAUUUUAAAUAAUUGAUGUUGUGAUAUUUAUUACUUUAAUUUUGCAUUCCAUUGUUGGCAGUAUUUAAUAAUUUCUCUUAAUGAGGAUUUACAUUUUUUACAUAUUCAUUUUAUCUUCUGCCUAUAAAUAUUUCAUACAUGUACUUUUGUUAGUCAUCUUUAUAAUAUUGUUAUGUAUUCUGUUAAAAUAAAUAAUAUUUUUUAAAA